AUGGCUGGGUCAUGCUAUCGCAUCAUGUGCCGCUGCCUCGCGCUCCUGACGAUCUCGGGUGGGGUCUCGGGGCUGCGGGACGCGCGGGACGCGCGGGACGAGCGGCGGGUGGGCGUCUUCGAGACGUCGUCCUUCGAGCGGCCCGCCGAGCGCGCCGCGGACGGCGGCGCGCCGAAAAAGAGGCGGCUCCAGACCUCGCACAGCUUCGCGGACAAGAGCGAGCUCGAGACGGCGGUGGACGCGUGGCUCGCGGACGCGGACGCGGCGACGCUGACGUACGGGCCCAUCUCGAGGUGGGACGUCUCCGCCGUGACGGACAUGUCGGAGCUGUUUUGUGCGAUCACGAGCAUCGGCACCGCGUCGACGUGCGUCCACGGCAUCGAGUGCGAGCUCCUCUGGGCGUACCGCAGCCCCGGCUGCGCGACCGUCAAAGUCACGCUGACCGACCCGGACGGGAACGAG